UGGCAGAGAAAAUCUCAACUCUGUUGUUGUAUCUAGUCAUGGUGGGCAUGUUGGUCACUGGCAGUCUAAAUACUAUCUUUGUUAAGCUGCAAAAUCUUGAGGAAGUAGUAGUCAAAACAACACUACAGAUAGGUGCAGAAAGAGAUAAAGCAGUUAGCCCUCAGAAGAAGGAGUUUAAGCAUUUAGAAGUAGAAACAGUUAAUAGUCUUGCUUAUUGUAAAGACACUGAGGGAAAUACUCAGCAGUUCAAUCAUGCAUUUUUCCAGACUUUUUUGAUGUUUGUAGCUGAGUUCAUUUGAUUGGGAGCAUAUGGAGUCAUUUAUUGGAUUGACAAGAAAAAGUAUGGAGAUGCCAGCUUAAAGCCUGAAGUAGUGCAAGCCAGAAAGGCAGGCUUAAAGACUAAUGUCAAUGUGUGAAUCUUAGCUAUCCCUGCAAUUUUGGAUAUAGUAGCUACAUCAUUGAACUUUAUGGCAUUGACAAUGAUUCCAGCAAGUGUUUUCCAGAUAAUGUCUGGCUUAAUUGUGUUCGUUGCAGCCUUGCUAAGUAUUAUCUUCUUGAAGAGGAAAUAUCACCGCCAUCAUUGGACAGCCCUUAUUUUUGUUGUAGGAGGUGUUGCCAUUGCUGGAGCAAGUCCGAUAAUUUUUGACAAAACUAACGAUGAAGACGAAGAGGGAUCAAGCAUAGUCUUUGGAACUAUAUUAGUAGUGAUUGCUCAAGUAGUUGCAGGAGCUUUCAUGAUAACUGAAGAGAAAUUACUAAGUAACUAUUAUCUUCACCCUUUGAAGAUCGUUGGAUGGGAAGGGUUCUGGGCAACAGGAAUUUAUAUGAUCCUUCUGACCAUUUUCCAGUUUAUUAGAUGAGACAGCGAAGAUAUUUGCCCUCAUGGAAGACUCGAGGAUACUCCACAAGCAUUUUAUGAAAUGGGCAAUAGCCAAGGUAUUCUAUGGUUUGGAAUAGGAGCAGUUCUGAGUAACUCAGUCUUCAAUGCUUUGGGGGUUUCAGUUACAAAAUAUGCAAGUGCAGCUCAAAGGUCAACUAUUAAUAUGAGCAGAACUGUUUUAAUUUGGGCUGUAUUUCUCCUCAAAAAAGGCAACGGCAAGGAAACCUUCAUGUGGCUCGAAUUUGUCGGGUUUAUCCUGCUUGUUUUUGGAACUCUAAUGUUCAAUGAAAUCUUGGUAAUGCCAUUUUGUGGCUUUAAUACCAAUACAAAAGAAGCUAAAGAGAAAAGGUUGGGAGAAUCAGAUUCUCCGAAGGAAAACUCUGAAGUUGAACCAUUGAAUAAGACAUAUACUGCAUCAAGAUAUUCUGACAACGAAGAGAAGGACAACCUACCUUAAGGCUUUCCAGAUGA